GGCCGACGGUGCCUGGGCCCCGCGUUCCCGGGUGAGGGCGCUGCCGAGCCGCCCGGUGGGGCGGCCCCCGGCGGCGCUGGAGGCGGAGCCCCGCGGAGCUGAGUGCCCCGCCCCGGUCCAGGUCCCCCACCCCCCCCCCAGGCCCGGCCGCUGGCGCGGGCCGAGCGAGGGGGCCGCACCCGCUGUCUGCACCAAACACCGCCUCGCAGCACCGGAGCCAGGGCACCGGCCCCGGGAGCCUCUCCCGAGGGCGCCCGAUCAGCGAUGCCGCCGGCCCCGCUUUACCGGGCCGAGCCUUGGAGGGGCGGGGAGUCCGUGCGGGCGGGAGCGAGGGACCGGGGCCUCUUCACCGAGGGGCGAGCAGCAGCGGCUGAGCCGGGGGAGGGGCUCAGCCUCCAACCCCUCUCGGCCCCGCCGGCAGCCGAUUUGCCCCUCCGGUGAGCCCGAAGAAGCACGGCGGAGCCUUUUCCUCGGGCUCCGUGCCCGGACAGGCAAGCCGCCAGACCCGCGCUGGCAUCUCUCGAGCGUUUGCGUGAGGGUCCCCGCUGGUGCGCUGCUCGCCCCCGGGCCGGUGGUGCUGGUGCACGUCCCCCGGUAGUGUGUCAAGCGAGGGAACGUGCUGUCGGGGGGGGGCAGGCUGGGGGUGUGCCUGCUCGUGGCCAGCUUUCACUCCUACUACAACUUGCACCGGGCGGAUCGCUGUUGAGAUGCCCUGUCCCUGAUGAGAUGUCACAGCCUCCCCGUCCAGCAUCAGCAUACCCCUUCAGGUGUCCCGGCUGCUCCUGGGCUUGCUGCAGCCUGAAGAUGAUCCAUUUUGGCCGUUGAGCACACGUUGUUACUUGUGUUUCUCCAUUGAUUUCUCCCUCUCUACCAGAUCAGGAUUAAGCUUUACAUCCUUGCUGCCUUCGCCACACCCGCUGCUGGUUGUUCACUUUGGAGGUGGCAAAUCUCAGCGCUGGCUGCUCUGUUGGAGCGCUUCCCUGCCUGCCUCCCCUCCUCUGCGGGAGAUCCCCCAUCUAUUGCAGAACCACUGCAUUAUCCUCCUCCAAAUCCCUCUUUUGCCGUGAUGUCUGCAGAACACUUGACUGAGAUUAGUCUGUCAUGCGGAGGCUCUUACCCCUCCGCUGACCUGUGCUUCCCCUUCUGCCGCUGCCUUUGGCUCAUGUCUCUUCCCUGCUUGUGCAGUGUUGUCCCUCAGGCCCCAGUGAUGUGUGUUUCCUUCAGGCUGCCCUGCUUGAAUUUCCUGCUUCCUCUUCACUUGGCAGCGAGUGCCCUUGGAUCAACACCAGCUUGCUGUGACAGCAAGUUGCAGACCGUUGUUGAAACAAGGAAGCAGCGAGGAGCGGUGUUGCCUUGCCACAGCGUUCAGCAGCAAUGAAGCACAAUUGAAAUAGCCUCCAGCUCCGCUGUCAUGCCUUCAGGAAGAUGCUGCAGCUUUGUCAGGGACUCAGAAUCAGUUGUUGAGCAGAAUCAAUUAUUAGGAAGCUGGAAAAUUGAACGUGAUGACAGGAUGAGUUUGAGGUGCUCAGGCUGUCCAGUGUUGAGAUGGCUCAGUCAUGGUGGUUUCAGUGCGCGCGCAGGGAGAAGGUUCAACAAAGGGCUGCUUUACCACGGGAAAAUGAGAUCUGGUUACCUGAAGCUGGGACCUGUCAAACUCAAACUGGGAAGGAGCUGCAGAUUUUACCGAGUUAACCAUUGGAACCCUUCAUCUUGGGAUGGGUUGGAUGGGAUUGCCUGAAAUCUUUGUUUAGGUUUCAGGAUAUUAUGUGAGAGAUGUUUUAAUUUUACUUCAGAGAUAAAUCAGUAAUGGGAUUGUCUUGAUGAUGCUUCUAGCAUGGUUCAUGCCCAGAAUCCAACCUGGUGUUUGUGUCAAGGAUUGUUUUUUUCCAGUAAUUUGGACCUUUUUGAAGUACCCACUUGCCUAAUGCCAUGAAUAGUGCAGUGAACAAUGUGGAAGAAAAAGCUGUUCAUUCCUGGUCAAGAAUUUCUUCUGCAGGACAGAAAGUGCUGGAGGAAGCCCUCCGAGUCUUCAACCCAAUGUCCAAGGACCUUUCGGACACGGAAACCCAGUUGGUGGCCUUCAUUCAGGGCCUGAAGGAGGAGGGCUACCAACCCACAAUUCUGAGGAGUAAGGAUGUGUACGGGUACAGCUCGUGCACGGCAGACACACCUAGUCAGUCAAAAGAGAGCACCCCCCACAACUGUGCCAACACCGCCGAGUCUGCUAAGGGUCCGGCUCGAAGCACCGCGGCGGUGACAAAGGUGUCUGCUUCGCCCACCAGCGUCUCGGUGAACUCUGCGAAAGUCUCCGCUCAGCCCGUCCCUAAAGGGGAUUCUACAAAUCUCCUCUUGAGCUCCUUGAAGCAGACAAGAUCCGGCACGUCCAAGGCCGCGGCAGUGGACUUCCCUGCAAGCAUGUAUCCUGAUGUGUAUCCAGCCAUGAGGCUGUCGGUAGUUCUGGAAGCUCUGGUGCCACUGAAAACUACCGUGUCCUGUUUGGAGUCCAAGUACACACGAGGGCAUCUUGAGAUCUCGCCCUCGGACCUUAAACUCCUUAAGGCUUCAAGUCUGCCAAGGCAGUUUGCUUCAGGCAAGACCACUAAAGUAACAGAAGGUAAGGGGUACAAGCAUUUGAUACAGAAAGCACCGGAUUCUGCCGCCCUCACUUUAAAUCUUCUGAAGGGACCAAAGGGUGGAGUGCUGCAGGAGAGCAACGCUUGCAAAGCCUCGGGAGUCCUCAACGGGAGGGUCACAGGCAGCUCGUCCCAGGGCUGCACCACAGCACUGCAGUCCAAGACCUUGAAAAUCAAAGAUAAGGAAGUUCUGGUGAGGAAGACAGAGUGGAAGGGCAGCAGCACUUACCAGGAGAGUGUUGGGCAGAAGAAGAGAAGAGCUACAGAGGCUAGAGAAGCACCGCAGAGAAAGAAAGCAAAUACCAUUCCUGUCCGAAAUAAAUCUCGACGGGUUCAGAGCACUUUGAACCUGCUGAAAUUCCAGGCCAUCAAGGUGGGCAACUCUUCCUCUGAUGAUGAAGUGAGGAGGAGAGCACAGAAGAUUCUUAGGGUCAACCUGUCCCCCGUGAUCCGAAUUCAGCCUUUGUCCCAUUCUCACAGUGUCCCCUGAGUUUCUUCACUUUGACGCAUUUUUUUUUUCUGUAAGUAAAUACGAGCCUGGGCACCCGAGUGUGGAGAAAUUUAAUGGUGACUCUGGAUCUCUGAUGCCUGCUGAUGACAUGUCGACUAACCUGCAGACGGAGCAGCCUGCUCUCGUGCUGUUUCUGCCUGUCUACCACUGCUAUGCAGAACUGCAGAAAUACAAAAACCUGUUUGGGAACGGGGGACAGUGACUCGCCCGCAGCAAGCCGGAGGUCUCACUUCCUGCAGGCGCUCUUCUGAACGUGGCAGGCUGUGCGCUCAUACAAGGGGGAUAACAGGGGACUGUCUCAUGACAUUGAUGCACUGUGAUACUGCUCUUUUUCAAGCUGUACAUUUACUGGUUUUAUUUUGAUCAAAUUUUAUAACUAUUAUCUAUAUAUCUAUAUAUCCAUAUAUGUGCAUAUGGCCCAGGAACUGUGGGAAGAUGCACUUUCUCCAUCCCUCUGGGAUUGGGUUCAAUAGCUUUUGUUCCCCCUCCCCUUCAGCCAGUCUUUUGUUGAAAGGUGCCAGAUUUUCUUUGUGAUUCAGUGUUGUGACAGUCUGUUCUGGGCUCUCUUGAGCAGCUCAGAAGCAGGCAGAGUUAUAGCCACUCCUUUGUCUCCAGAAAUGCCAAACAAUUUGGAGAAUUACCAGCUGAUAGUUGACUAUAGUUUUAAUCAUACCUUUGGUAUUACCUCUGCAUUAGCGUGGGGGCGUGUUACGGGGCUGUUGCCUGCAAGUCUGCCUGACGUCUCUAGGUGCCUCCACUGUUUGUUGGUAGCAGAAGCUCUGAACUCGUGGUAGGGUUUGCCUCCAAAGAGCAAUUCCUCCUCAGCACCCAGUGUUGCUCUGCUCUCCUGUGCCCCAGGUGCAAAUGUAGAGCAUGAACUGUGACUUACAACCGAAGGGCUGGAUUUGUUAGCAGGAAUUGCUUAAAGUGUCCUGCCCAACACCUAACUGCUUUGCUGUUACUGGGCGUUUCAGGAGCAGGUUCUAGGUGCCGGUAGAGAAGACACAGGCUGUAUUUGAAUGUAUUGGAUACAUCCUGCAGGUCCCAGAGCUCAGUGGAGCAUUUGAGCCUGAAUUAAAGCAGAAAAGCAAAAGAGUUGAGAGUAUACAUGCCAUUACUUAAACGUAGAGAGUUUCUUUCUGUUGGUUUGUGGGGGUGAAGCAGUAGGAGGGGAGAUGGGCACCGCGUAGUGGUGGGUGACAGCUUUGCUGUGCUGUCUGGGAUGUUGCAAGAAGGUGUGUGGAAGGUGUGAAAGCUCCCGGAGCGCAGGCCCUGCCCGUCCCCGGGAGGCACUGUGGAACUGCUGCAGAUGGCCGCGCCGGGGGCAUGCGGUCGGAUGCAAACACAGACUGCGCGCUGGCAGAGGCCGGGUCUGCUCCCCGCAGGGAGGGAUCUGCGAGUUCCAGGAGAAACACCACGUUGGAGUGGUAGGUGCUGCUGCUGUCACCUGGGAGGGAUGGCCUCUGAUGAGACGAUCUGUGUUGAGAUGCUGCAAAAGCAGAACCUGGCGGCUUGGGGAGAGGGAGCAACAUCGGGCCGGGCACGGGCCUGGCUCUGUACGGUGCUGUACGUUCAGAUCUCUGCAGCAGCAGGCCAGUAAUCCACUCAUUCUCUCACCAGCUCAAAAUACCAGUUGUCUGACCUAGUAAUCUCUGUGGACAUUGGCUGAAAGGAUGAGCUCCCCUGGGAAGCCCCAGCUCCUUACGUUUCAGUCCCUCCCUAGCACCUGGCUGGAUUUCAGCACUUUGUAAAAGGGGUCAGCAUCUGAUCCCCAGCUCAGAAAGGAAAACCAUGGCAUCCAGAGGAGAGAGGACGAUAAUGAGGGAGUGAAGGUGAGUGUCCUGAGGCACAGCCAGGGUUCUUCCCCCUUGCCCAGGUGGAGCAGGGUGCAGGUUCUCCCUCGGGGGAUGAUCGUAGGCUCUGGAUCACACACUCCGGGUUCUGUGUGGUUUUACUGUGCAUAUCUGAGUUGCUGUCAGAGAUCAUAACUUGCAGUGUUUGAGACUGACCUGUGAAUGCCGCUGGUUGGCUGCAGAGGAGGAGGAAAUAUUUUCUUCUGCUUCUGUGUUUUAAAAUGCCCUGGCAGAGAGUUCCCUGUCCUGACAUGAUGCUGGAUGAACAGGGAACCUCCAUCACUGUUCACCAGCCAAAAAUUGCUUUGUCCCUUUUGUUCCCACUCCUUCAGACCUUCCUCAUUCCCACGCUCUCAAAUGCCAGGUCUUGAAGUCUUGCACUGGAGUUUCUCUUUUUGGCUGUUUCCCGAGGAGGGCUCUGAACUCCUGCCUGUGGUAUCGCUGUCUGACAGGCUGCUCAGCGGCUUCCCCUGUUCCCAGCCCCUUAUAAGGGCACCAGGAGCAGUCUCUGGAGCCUCUCCGUGCAGCACAGACAUCCCAGCUGAGAGCCUGGCCUCCAGUGGGAAAAAAACAACCGUGCAUCAACAAGGCUGAAUUUGGGUUGAGGUUGCUUUUCCUCCAGCCUGAGCAGGAAGCUGAGCACCUGAGGCCGGCUUCCCAGGCCACCUCCCUCCUUUUUGUUGUGUUUCUUCCCCCAGCUGCACUGCUGCCUGCCUCCCCACUCUUUUCCAUCACCUCGUGUCUUUUACAGUUUGGGUCUUUGCCAGUCAAGGACUUGGCUUGUACUGUUGCUUAACACAUCCCAGCAAAACACACUGCCUUAGUGCUGCCAUGCCUUUCCCAGCACUGAGCUGGGUUCUGCGGGUGCUUGGUGGCAGCGGCUCACCCAGUGUCCUUCCCAGGCCACCAGCAAGAGGUCUUCUGCUCCAGAGGGAGGGAUGAGCAUUACAGACACUCCUGUGUCUCUGAGGCUUCUGCCAGGGAGUCAGGCACCCCAUAGCUCUCUGCUCAGAGACUUGCUCAUCAUCAGUCUGGUCUCUGUCAGCUUUUCUGCACGUCUAUAACAGGCUGCUGGGCUCCUGAGCUACUGGGCAGCACUGGAGCUCAAUUCUCUGCCCUCCUGAUGUCUCCUCUUCCCCCUCACAGGUGAUUUGUGAACUUGGCUGGAGGGAUUGCGGCUUGUUAUUCACAGAGGGGCUUUACAUCCCCUGGUGCCAAUGUCACCAACUGCUGCCUGUCAUCCAGUGCUGGCAGACUGGGUGCCUGCAGCCUGUUGGUGGUUGGCUCAGUUGUCCUUCGUCUUGUGGCCGGGUGUGGGUGCUCCUGGUGUCCUGGGCCUUCGACGCUGAUGUGCAGGAGGCUGCAGAAGGGGCCGUGCUGUGGACGCUGCUGUCUGGUGUUUAGGGAAGAUGAAGGGUUUGAUCAAACCAGACCUGCCUAAGACCCGGUCUAACCAGAGGUUGCCCUCCAGAGGUCCCUUCCACCCCAUGUUAUUCUGUGACAGCAGGGUGAGACUUGCCUUCCAGGGAUCUGCGCAGCAGUAACUGGCAGGGCACGUAGAAAUGCGUUGCCUGGAGUGCUGUGGUCUCUGCUGAGCGUGCUGUAUGCAGGUUGUUCAGACCUGUUUCUGUAUUAGUCACUUUGAAUUCAUCCAAGUGCCUGACCUGGCUUAUGUUGUUCCUGGGCACCAUGACAGCCGAGAGCUUUGGAGACUCUUCAGAAUGCUUUUGCUGCAUGGAUUUGUGCCACUGUCACUUCUAGAAAUGAUUCAGCCAGCGGUCAAAGGGCUGUUCUUCCGACUGAUUUUGUGGAAAUAAUUUCUCCUUUUAUUCAGCUGCCAAGAAGCAAGAGUUUAUGCUUUGCCUCCAUCAGACAAGGUCCUUGAGCUUCCUGCAUGCUUCAGAUGUCCGUCAGCAAGGUCCGUGGGGAGAGCAGCUUGUCUGGCAGGCAGCUAAAGGGGAAGCUGACAUCAGAUACCGGUUGAAAUCACAUUGUUAACUGGUUGAAAUGUUUUGAAGCUCAUGUCCACUGUGAUCAGAUUUCACCGUCUGCCACUACUUUUAGUUGGAGGAGAUCUUCCUUGGCCUCUUCCCUGCAAGCCAUGUAGUGUGGUGCUGCUGCUUCCAAACUGUUUGCCUCCCACCCCAGUGCCAGCUGCCGUAGCGAUCCUUAUACAGAAUUUCUUAAGCACUUUUCUGCAGAGUAAGAAGGGAUUAUUUUGUUACUCCUGUUUUGUAGCCCACUAGUGGUAUUUCAGUGGGAGGAGGAGGUGUGCUCUCCAGAGUGUUGUGAGCUGGAUACUUCUCAGACCAGAGCAUCGCCCACCCAGCCUGCAGCACUCAGGCCAGGGGGGCAGUGGGCUGAGACCCCUCAUUACCUGCCGUUUCCUUGCAGAGUUCAUCCAGUCGCCAGCUAAGAGCGUCGCAGGUAAGUCGGGAGCAGAACAGCCGGGGUGGGUGAUGCUGCACACCCGGCUCCAUGGCCCUGCUCCGCGGCUGCCCCUGUUCUGCCGCGUGUCCUCUGGCACCCCCUCAUUCACCAGCAGCAAUUCUCCACUGGUGGAGCUGGUGGAAGUCCCCCGGCUCCAGGUGUGACAGGAGGGACCGGGAGGCUUUGGGUUUUAGGCUUGAGCAGAGAAUUGGGGCCCUUUCAGUGGUGACUUGUGCUGUGUUCAUGGCCGGACCUUGCCAGCGUGUGGCAGGGUGCAGCCAAUUCGGCUGCGCUCCCCCUUGGGUCCAAGUUCCUUGCCUUGUCUGGCAGCUGCGCCCUUGGCCACGGCACAAGGGACGCGUGGGGAUGGAGAGCAGGUUUGUCUCUCAGCUGCAGCUGGACAGUGACGCGAGCUGGGCAGCUUCCCGGGCAGGGGGACGGGUUUAGGUGGGAGGAUCCUUGUCUCGGCCGUGGUUGGCAGGGUCGGUGCUGAGCUGUGUGGAGCACCUGCUGCUCAAGCAGGUUGGUUGGUAUGUGUGGAAGUACCCGUUUCAGUCUUCAAAAUGACGCUGGCCCGUUUGCUCCCGUGGUCAGGUGGGGACGGCUUUCCGGGAGCUGAGAUGGCCUGAGGGGAGGAUGGCCAUUCUGGGGUACCUCGCGCCUUCCUAACGGUGCUGCAGCCUUUGGCUUUGUGAGCGGGGUGGGCUGGCACCCCCCGUGGAGAGGACGGCAGGGCAGGUUGCUCCCAGACCCUCGCGUUUGGGGCUCUGUGCUAGAGAGCACCACACUCAGGUUUCCCUCUCCUCACAGCCUGCUCCUGCCUGGAGCUGGGUGCUGUUAGGAAGGUGCCAAGUGCCUCACUGGCUGGUGGAGCAGAGAUCUUGUCCCAGAAGGCAGGAAGCCAGCCCUAGUCACUAGGACAGCCCCGAGUGUCGAGUGAACCCCGUCUAUAGGUGUGACACUGCUAGCACUCACAGCUUGGCCAGCUGCUGCCUCCAAAGCUGUGGUGCUGAGGCCAGACCCCUCAGUUUGCUUGGGAAGACCGAGGAGGUCUGGUAAAAAAAGCGAGAAGCUGGGAUUUGGGGAAACCAAAGAUGCCAGCAGCGCCUGGCUGACCAGCUUCUGCUUCUGCUGCAAGGGGAGGUCUGCAAACAGAGGAGCCAGGUCUGUGGCGUGCAUCCACCAGAUCUGUGCACUUCCUCCAGUGAGCAUCUGAAAUAGCUUCCCCUUUGGGGACGAUUAGGCCUUGCCCCGGGAAGUCCCUUAAAGGCCUUAUUAUCGUCUGGGACUCUCUCCUUGUUGUCUUAAUUAGCCCUUUCCGUUCCUGUUGCUACAGGCAGCCCCUGUGAGAGUCUGGUAAUUCCCACAGACACAGUGAGGCACGCGGUGCUGUUGCAGAAGAGAAGGUGCUGCAAAAGCUACCCCCAGAAAUGCCUCCCCUCCUGCCCCUGCUCCACCAUGCUGCCCAGGCCUGGGAUGGGACAAAACGAGCGUCGGCGUUCGUGGCGGGGAAGGUGCAGUGCGCGACGCCGUUCCCGCCUCCCGCCUCCCGGAGCAGCGCUCCCCAGGGGUGGCAUUGCCCAAGCAGAGGCACAGCGGCCGCUCUGAGGGACACGGGGGGGCUCUGGGCGGGCACUGCCCAGCCCCUGGCGCCCCUCUCUGCCAACCGUCAUCUCUUAAGAGACCUGUCUCCACGCCACAGUGCGACUGACCUGCUCCGGCUGGGGCUGGUGCCGCCGGCUCAGCCGUGGGCAUCCCCCGGUGUUCGGGGAUCCCGAGCGACAGCCGGGGAGCAGCCGCUGCAGCCUGCGGGAGGGCGAGUAACAAACUUGUGUGUGGUGAAUUUACAACAACUGACCAUCUUGUUCUUGAGUGAACUUUUUACUGUUUCAUUUGUUUGUGUACAAUGUUUCUGAAGCUAUAUUGAUAUUUAAUGUUUAAUACGAGGCUGGGCUGCUCCACACUUGGUGUUGUAUAUUUUGGAAUGGCAUUGUUUAGUGAAAAGACAGCGUUAGCAUUAUUCCACUCUUUGGAGGGAAUGGGACAAAAAAACAGACUGUCUUUUUUCUGAAAUGAAGUGAACUUUUUGUUAUGAAGUCCUAGCAGGUGUCCAGCGCUUCAGUAAAAUGGUGCCCAGAA